GGAGCAGGGAAUGUAUCGCACACACAGCUCUUGGGACAGACUUGGGCAUCCUAUCGAGACAUCAAAUGGCAGCACUGGGGCACCUACUGAAGGGCUCUGUCCGGCUGGAGCUGGAGGGCUUGGCCAGGGGUUUCCACCAGUUCCCCGUGAUGCAGGCAGCUGAACAGGCACUGGAGCGCAAUCAGGCGGAGGUGGUGUUGGGGCCCAGAACCAAGGGGGCCCCAAUGGUGAAGAGCCUUAACGACAUGCCCGGACCCAGCACCUUGGCCAACCUGGUGGAGUUCUUCUGGCGGGAUGGGUUCGGCCGCAUCCAAGACAUUCAGCAAAAGCACACGCGCCAGUAUGGCCGGAUAUUCAAGUCGCACUUUGGGCCUCAGUUUGUGGUGUCCAUCGCUGACAAAGACUUGGUCGCCCAGGUGCUCAGGGCAGAGAGAGAUGCCCCCCAGAGGGCCAACAUGGAGUCCUGGCAUGAGUAUAGAGAAUUAAGGGGCCGAUCCACUGGACUCAUUUCAGCGGAAGGGGAGAAGUGGCUGAACAUGCGAAGUGUCUUGCGACAGAAGAUUCUCCGGCCAAGGGAUGUGGCCAUGUAUUCUGGAGGGGUAAAUGAGGUCAUUGAUGAUCUGGUAAAUAGGAUCCGCAAACUUCGAGCCCAGGAAAGUGAUGGACUAACUGUGACCAACGUUAAUGAUCUGUACUUCAAGUACUCCAUGGAAGCUAUUGCCACAAUCCUGUAUGAGUGUCGUCUCGGGUGCUUGGAUGACAAAAUCCCUCAGAUGACAAAGGAAUACAUUGAAGCUCUGGAACUCAUGUUCAGCAUGUUCAAAACAACCAUGUAUGCUGGUGCCAUCCCCAAGUGGUUGCGCCCCAUAAUCCCUAAACCGUGGAGGGAGUUCUGCAGGUCCUGGGACGGACUCUUUAAGUUCAGUCAGAUCCACGUAGAAAACAGACUGCAGCAGAUCGAGUCCCAGCUGAAUAAAGGGGAAGAGGUACAAGGGGGCGUUCUUACCCACCUUCUGCUCACCAAAGAAUUGGACUUGGAAGAGAUUUAUGCAAAUAUGACAGAAAUGCUACUGGCUGGCGUUGAUACGACUUCCUUUACUCUUUCUUGGGCAACAUAUCUGCUGGCUAAGAACCCCAGUAUUCAGGAGAGUGUAUAUCAGCAGAUUGUGCAAAACUUGGAAAAAGACCAGGUUCCUACCGCAGAAGAUGUUCCCAAAAUCCCAUUGGUCAGAGCUGUCGUCAAGGAAACCUUGAGGCUCUUCCCUGUAUUGCCUGGGAACGGCAGAGUAACACAGGAUGACUUGGUUUUGGAUGGAUAUUUAAUCCCUAAAGGGACCCAGUUGGCUCUCUGUCACUAUUCCACAUCCUUCGAUGACAAGUGCUUCCCAGCGGCAGAAGAGUUUAAACCAGAGCGCUGGAUACGCAGCGGGAACCUGGAACGAAAGGAAAACUUUGGUUCCAUCCCAUUUGGCUAUGGAAUCCGCAGCUGCAUCGGUCGGAGAAUUGCGGAACUGGAGCUCCAUCUGUUGCUGAUUCAGCUUCUUCAGAAUUUUGAGAUUAAAGUGUCGCCCAAAACAACGACUGUUCUCCCAAAAACCCACGGGCUUCUGUGUCCAGGGGAAAAGAUCAACGUGCGUUUUGUGGACCGGCAUUGAAAAUAUCCAGAAAAGAUCCCAAAUACCCCCCUUCUACACUCCAAGGGCUACGGCCACUGAGGGACGAUUCCUGUGGAAUGGAUCUCUGUGGUAUCCAAGGACGAUGCACUGUAACUCCACCACUCAUUGCCAGAUAAUGGUGCACAAUGGACAGUGAAGAUUUUCUUUGUACAUAGCUGUGUGUCUUUUAGCCAAUGAGACUGCUACCAUGCACUUUCAAUUUACUGCCUCCACCAGUCUCCAAUUAGUUGAAAGGUCGCCUUAAUUUUGGUGCCCAUGUGUAGGUCAGAACCUCUCUAGACCUCAGACUGCCCCCUACUGGGCGCAUAGAGUAAUACUGGUGUCUGCACUACAUUACUAGUAUUUAUAUAGUAAGUCUCAGCAACUUACUCUGUGCCUUUUUAACUUUUUCUACUUUUUUUCUGGAGAUUUUAUCCUUGAUUUUAGCUGGAAUUUUUUAAAUCAAUAAUAAAAAUAUAACUGCCCA